AUGCCUCCUCAAGCAUCUGGGAAAGCUGUAAAGAAGGCCGGAAAGGCACAGAAAGCUGUCCGAGCUGGUGACAAGAAAAAGAGGAAGAAGCGCAGGAAGGAAUCUUUCGCUAUUUACAUCUACAAAGUUUUGAAACAAGUUCACCCCGACACUGGCAUCUCGAGUAAGGCUAUGUCUAUCAUGAAUUCAUUCGUUAAUGACAUCUUCGAAAGAAUUGCAGCUGAAUCUUCUCGCUUAGCUCAUUACAACAAGAGGAGUACUAUCACUAGCCGAGAAAUACAAACUGCAGUACGUCUAUUGUUGCCUGGUGAACUGGCAAAACAUGCUGUUUCGGAAGGAACCAAAGCUGUCACCAAGUACACCAGCUCUAAGUAA